AAAAAUGCCCAAAAUUCCUGUGGUGGGCCCCAUUUACCCAAAUUCAAAUUCUUGGAUACCUCGACCCGACCCCACUUCUUAGAAGUCCGUUAGACUCAAAUAUCGAAGCUUUUUCGCUUAACACUUCACAGGAAAUCAAGAGAAUAGGAAGAUGAAGUAGUGGUAGUAUUACAGAUCUUAGCAGAAACGAGUAAUUUCGCAAAUACAACUUUAGCUGACAACAAAAUGUGCAAGACAAAAAUAUAAGACUGAGUGAGAGAAAACAAUGUCGUGUUCACCUGAGAAACCAAAUUUCAGGUCACCAUCUCCAAGCUGGACUGAUCUAUGGUUGAAGAACAAAAAAGCUCUCAAUCAUGUCCUUUUUACUAUGCACCUUCAAUCCCGUUCAUCCUCCCCUUCACCACAUCAACUUCGCAAAUCCCUAGAUUUCACUCUUCCGUCGCUCGUCUCUGAUCCAACUUCCCUUCUUUCUGAUGAAACACUUCUUUACAUUCUCUCUAAGCUUCCCAAUUCCCAAAGGAAUUCCAAUUCCCUUGUAUCUAAACGCUGGCUCUACCUCCAAGGUCGUCUUGUCCGCUCCAUUAAGCUUCUUGAUUGGGAUUUUCUUGUUUCGGGUCGGGUUUUUAUUCGCUUUCCGAAUCUUAUUCAUGUUGAUUUGGUUAAUGGGUCGCUCAUUUCACCCGGAAAUUCAGGUAUUUUUUGCUCUCACGAGUUGCUUUCCUCUCAUGUGGAUUCUAAUAGUGACCCUAAAGAUUGGUUUUUUAAGGAAAGAUUUGUGUUGCCUUCUGAUGAGAUUGAUAGGGGAUUGAGAAUUUUAGCUAGUGGGUGUCCGAAUUUGCGUAGAUUAUUGGUGGUAAAUGCUAGUGAAUUGGGAUUGUUGAGUGUAGCUGAGGAAUGUCCAACUUUGCAAGUAUUAGAGUUGCAUAGAUGUAAUGAUCAUGUUCUUCGGGGGAUUGCAGCAUGCCAGAACUUGCAGAUAUUGAAAUUGAUUGGAAAUGUCGAUGGGUUUUAUAAAUCUUCGGUUACUGAUAUUGGACUGACUAUUUUAGCUCAGGGGUGUAAGAGAUUGGUGAAGCUGGAGUUGAGUGGUUGUGAAGGGAGCUAUGAAGGGAUUAAGGCUAUAGCGCAAUGUUGUCAAAUGCUCGAAGAGUUGAUUCUUCGUGAUCAUAGGAUGGAAGGUGGUUGGUUGUCUGCUCUUUCCUAUUGUGAAAAUAUGAAGACUUUGAGGUUUCUCUCUUGUAAGAGUAUCGAUGAAUGUGGAUGGUUUGACGAAGAUGUGGGACCUUGCCCGACGCUUGAAAGAUUACAUUUGGAGAAAUGCCAAUUGAGAAAUAAGGAGAGCUUGAGAACAUUGUUUCUACUCUGUCAAGAUGUUAGAGAGGUUAUUUUCCAGAACUGUUGGGGACUGGAUAAUGAAAUGUUCAGCCUUGCCAGUGUUCUAAGGAGAGUGAAGUCUCUUUGCCUGGAAAGCUGUUCACUACUCACAACUGAAGGCCUUGAGUCUGUACUCUUUACGUGGAAGGAAAUCCAGAGCCUCAAGGUGAUUUCAUGUGGCAAUAUAAAGGAUAGUGAAAUCACUCCAGCACUCUCUUCCUUGUUCUCCGCUCUAAAAGAUUUGCAGUGGAGACCAGACACUAAAUCUCUUCUUUCAGCUGGUCUUGUGGGAACUUGCAUGCGAAAAAGAGGCAACAAAUUUUUCAAAAAGACGUGUGACUGGAAGUCACUUCCUGGUGCAUAGACUGGCUUCCUCAUGCAUUCAGACAACUCUACUAGAUUUAAACCUCCUCAUUAUCCAUACGGAGAACUCUUAAUCGGUGAUAGUAGCCAGUGUGUUAACGCUGCUCCAAUACCGUCUGCAGUGAGGCCUUGAUGUUAUUAUCUGUACUUGUAGCCUUGUUUUAGUAUGUCAUUUAGGGAACUAGGAAGAUUUGGCACUUUCUCAGGUAGAGAUGGAGAAAGAGGCCUAACUUUAAUGUAUAGAGCUCGAUUCUGUACCCUCACGAGCAUUUGGCUAAGCCAUCUCAGCUGUCUCUUAUUCGUCUGAGUGCGAUGAUAUAUCCAUGUUGGAACUUGGAACCCCAGAAACUCUUAAGAAGGGGUUCUUCUAUCUAAAAUGCUUUAAAGAAUUUUGGCACCUUUUACGCCAUUGCUGCAAUCAACAAUUGCCUGAA